CCCCAGACUCCGCGCUCGGAACUCCGAGGUCCGCCUGCCCAGGUCUAAUCAGGAGGACGGGGGCUGCUUCGCAACUUCUCCGCGAGCAGGGUGUCCGAGAUCCCUGCGGGCCACGGCGGGGCACGAGUCUCCCGCUCUAGGGACGCCGUCUGUCAGAGCCCCGACGAGGCCGUGGAUGAGGGCCCAGCGUGGGCUGGCCCCUGCCUCCGAGCCCAUGUCCACGCAAUGGUGGCGGCGCCGCUUCCUGCACCGGGUCCCCUCUUGCGGCCGGGGCCAAUCCAAGGCAAGGGGAUGGGGAACCGGCCUCGGGGACACUGUCGGGAGCCGGGGGCCCCAAGCCUGUGGCAGAGCCGAGCCGGCUAGUCCGCUCCCAUAUCGGCGGCCCAAGUUCCUGCGAGGUGUCAGCCCAGCUCCCUGGCCUGACCCUUACCUAGAUCCUCAGACCCGUCCCAGGCCAGUGUACUGUCCGGCCCCGGACCGGUCCCUGCCUUGGAACGCGGGCUACGCCGAGGUCAUUAAUGCAGAGAAGUCUGAGUUCAAUGAAGACCAGGCAGCAUGCGGUCAGCUGUCCAUCAAGCAUAGGGAAUUAGGGGACAAUGAAGACCAGGAGUGGAUGAUCCUGUGCCAGGAGGAGUAUGUUCCUGGCUGUUACUGGGCGCUGUUUGAUGGUCAUGGGGGUCCUGCUGCUGCAGUCAUCGCCUCCAAUGUCUUGCACAGCUGCUUGAGGGCAAAGCUGGAGGAUGUAGUGGAGGGCAUCCUGGCACCCCAGCCCCCUAUGCAUCUCAGUGGCUGCUGCAUCUGCUCCAGUGAUCCCAUGUUUGUGGAGGAGAAAGGAAUCCAGGCACAAGAUCUGGUGAUUGGAGCCAUUGAGAAGGCUUUCCAGGAAUGUGACACAAUGAUUGGGCAGGAGAUGACAGCCACUGGCCAGUUUGGGGGCUGCACAGCUCUGGCCAUCCUCUACCUGGAGGGGAAGCUUUAUGUUGCCAAUGCUGGGGAUAGCAGAGCCAUACUUGUACAGAGAGACAGCAUGAGAGCUCUGAGCUCCGAGUUCACCCCAGAGACAGAGAGACAGCGAAUUCAGCACUUGGCCUUCAUUCAUCCCAGGCUUCUGGCUAACGAGUUUACCCGGCUGGAGUUUCCCCGGCGCCUGAAAAGUGAAGACUUGGGACAGAAAGUCCUAUUUCGAGACUAUAACAUGAAUGGCUGGGGCUACAAACAAGUGGAGAAAUCAGACCUCAAAUACCCACUGGUUCACGGACAGGGCAAGCAGGCUCGUUUGCUGGGUACUCUGGCUGUGUCCAGAGGACUGGGAGACCAUCAGCUGAAGGUCCUGGACUCAGAUAUCAACAUCAAGCCCUUUCUUCUCUCUAUUCCUGAGGUUACUGUAGUAGAUUUAGAACAGCAGGAGCCCCAAGAGGACGACGUGAUCAUCAUGGCCACUGAUGGGCUCUGGGAUGUCCUGUCUAAUGAACAAGUAGCCCAGCUAACACGCAUCUUCCUCCAGGAUAACAGACAUGACCCCAACAGGUUUUCAGAGCUGGCCAAAUUGUUGAUCCACAGGACACAGGGCAGAGAGGAUGGCAUCUGGGAACAGAGCUCAGCAGGCAAUGUGCUGGUGUCCUAUGAUGACAUUUCAGUGUUUGUGAUUCCUUUGCACCACACACACACAAAAAAGAAAUAAGGAUUCCUGAGGCUUUCCACUACUAGCUAAGCCCCACCUCUUCUUGAAACCUGGGACAAAAGGCCAAGUUAAGGGAAUCUCAAGAAGAGCUGAUGAGGAUGAAUGGUCUAAGUCCAACCCAACCUGUCUUAGGUUUCACGCGUGCCCCAUUUACUCACAGCAGGCUCAGGACCAAUGCAUUCUGAACUAGAAAGACAUGUCCCAGCUCUUGCUACACAAAAGCUUUCCCUAGGACCCAGGGGACAUCUGUUGAUAAUCUACUCCGUGAAGCAUGUUCAAGAAACUUUGAGAGAGAGAGAGAUCUGGCUUACCUUGAGAGGGUAAUUCCAUGAUUCCUGCCAAUUAAAGCCCCUACCUAAGUGUUACAGAAAACAGGGACUGAAAUAGCAAGGACUGUAGACUUUCAAGAAUGGCAAAGGAUGGGUGGUUCUUCCUGCCAUUCUUUGCUUCCAGAAAGUUUCUUCCCUGCUUUGUCCAACAUAACUUUGGGAGAGGAUGGAAAGUUACCUUUUCCCUAAGGGAACAUCAUGCUUCUGCUGAGAAAAGCGUUUCCUUCUGCGCCCAGGAUCCAUAUACCUGGUCAUAUACCUGCUCCUCCCAAUUCUAAGCAUUUGGGGGGGGGGGGUAACGCUCCAGAAUGGUUUUGCUGUGCUACCUAAAUUAUCAUCUACAUUACAGCCAGGACUGAGAAUGCUAA